UGAAGGUUACCGAGACUCUGUUCUGUUUGACCUCGGAAAGCCAGGUUGAUGCUUCGUCUCAAAAGUUGCGGAGACAGCAGCUCUUGAAAAGGGCUUCAGAAAUCCAUUGCCAGCUCCGCACAAAUAGCAUUGGACUUGGUCGAGGGCGUGUGGGGCCUCUGUCGGCAAUUGCUCUUGGGCUCUUCUGCCCCACCUAGUAAACAGGGAGUCUAAGAAGAGCAGCUCCUCGCUGUGCAUGGAGGAACAAAGUGCGGAGACGCGAGCAACAAUUUCCAAUCGUUUCUCUUCGACUUGGUAGCAUCAUGUUAGCAACAAUUUAUCCUUCAUGGGAAAGAAAGAGCAAGGGGGAGACUCUGCAGACCACAUGGAGAUAGGUAGGCCGAGCAGUUUUGCUCGUCUUGCGAGCAUGGAGACUCCGUCGAGCAAGCGAUUCUCAGAGACCAGGCUUUCGUUUGUAAGGCCCGAUGAAGUUUCGAUAGAUAUGAGUGCUUUGCAGCCUGCGACCAGUGCCUCCCUAACGGUUCAGCUGCGGGAGGGGGAUCCAGGAGCAUUUUCAACUGGACACGCAAUGCUGGAACUAAGCUUUGCUGUGAGUGAAGAACAUGUCACCUUGCAGAGUUUAACUCCGAUGGACGAUUCUGAGGUGCCAUUCCCAGUAGAGAAUGAGACUUGGGAAGGAAGAAGUACUGGAAAUGAUUUGGACGCCAGACGGCCGAGUCGUCCCAUGCCAAUUUCAUCCUCAUCAUGUCACUCGGGCUCGUUUCGGGAAAGCAUGAGGACGGUGGGGACCUUAGUGAAGCAGUUAGGCAAUGAUCUUGCGAGAAGUUCUCGAAAUGCAUCUAGGGUUCAAGAUUUGGGCAGCCCCUGCAGCGAGUCGGGGUUUCUCGACCCUGAGCUGGAUAAUCCUAUCUGCACCGGAAUGCAGAAGAGUACAUCUUCUCGCGCAGAAUAUGCAAUUAAGGGACUACGAUAUAUCAACAAGGCUACCGCCACAGCUGACCAAAAGAAGUCGUGGGAGCAAGUAGAGGCGCGGUUUCACAAACUCGCCAACUUAGAAAAUAUGCUGCACCGCUCAGAUUUUGCCGAAUGUAUCGGGAUGAAAGACUCCAAAGAGUUCGCAAAUGAGCUUUUCGAUGCACUGGUGCGUCGGCAAGGGGUUGAAGUGGAAAGCAUUGGUAAAGAUGAGUUGUACCUGCAUUGGCUGCAGAUUGCCGAUAAAAGCUUCGACGCCCGGAUGCAAUUGUUCUUUGACUUGUGUGACAAGGAUUUGGAUGGUCGUAUCACAGGCGAGGAAGUGAAGCAGUUAAUAAUGUUGAGCGCAAGUGCAAAUAAGCUGUCCAAAUUAAAGGAUCAGGCUGCUGAGUAUGCCGCCUUGAUUAUGGAAGGACUUCAUGUAGAUGGAGCUGAGUAUAUAACGCUGAGCCAAUUGAAGACUUUGAUGAGCGGAUCGGUACAGGGGUUUGGGAGGGAGACGACUGUGAACAACAAUCAAACGUUGACACCAAAGAGCAAGCGGUCUAGGAUGAUGGGAGUUGCGGAGAAGUCUGCUUACUUCUUGCUGGACAAUUGUAAACGAAUUUGGAUACUAGCCCUCUGGAUAUCGGUCAUGGUGGGACUCUUCGCAUGGAAAUUUCUCCAGUAUAGGAAUCGUAGUGCAUGGUGGGUAAUGGGUGACUGCCUCUGCGUGGCGAAAGGUGCUGCAGAGACAUUGAAGCUGAAUAUGGCGCUAAUACUCCUCCCCGUCUGCCGCAACACAAUCACAAGGCUGCGGUCCACUCGACUAAGAAGGAUCAUCCCCUUCGACGACAAUCUUGAUUUUCACAAGAUUGUAGCUGGAGGUAUAGCGGCGGGAGUGAUUCUCCACGCUACUUGCCACAUAACCUGCGAUAUACCUAGGUUUGUCGAAGCGGAUAAAGAAAAGUUUUUCAAGUAUCUGGGUGACGAUUUUGAUUUCCAACCUACUUAUUCUGACAUACUCAGAAUGUCAGUGGGAUACAGUGGCUUGAUCAUGGUUGUGCUCAUGAUUCUCGCCUUCUUGCUUGCCACUCACUGGUUCCGUCAGAGUCUGGUCAAGUUGCCAUGGCCAUUCCACCGGCUCACGGGGUUCAAUGCGUUCUGGUACUCGCACCACCUUUUCGCCAUCGUUUACGCCUUCCUCCUCCUCCACGGAUCCAAGCUCCUUCUCCCAAAUUCGAUUCUCGAACGCUCAACAUGGAUAUACAUUGCAGUGCCCUUGGUUCUAUAUGCGGGCGAACGGUUCUUGCGCAUGUAUCGUACAAAUUCCAGCAAGGUGGAUGUUAUCAAGGCUGCGAUUUACACUGGCAACGUCCUCGCCAUCCAUAUGUCCAAACCAGAAGGCUUCAAGUAUAAGAGCGGCAUGUACUUGUUCUUGCAAUGCCCUGAAAUCUCCUCGUUCGAAUGGCAUCCAUUCUCUAUCACUUCUGCCCCCGAGGAUCCCUUCCUGAGUGUUCACAUUCGUACACUGGGAGACUGGACUGCCGAGUUGAAGAGGAUUUUCUCAGAUGCCUGUGGUGGACGAAUGCGCCUGCAAACUGUGAACAAUUAUGGACUUAGUGGUGAAUUGACACUAGCUGCAAGAUUUCCGAAGCUGUACAUCGAUGGUCCUUACGGUGCCCCUGCGCAAGACUAUCUCAAUUACGACGUGCUACUUCUUGUUGGACUAGGAAUAGGAGCGACGCCAUUCAUCAGCAUCCUCAAGGAUUUGCUUCAUCACACCAUAAAUGAGUCACUGGGACAUUCUGAUCCGAGCUUAACUCCUGAUUUGCGCCCAAUGGAAAGUCCGAGGACGAGAAGCAAGAAGAAAGCUAAGAGAAACCCCAAGGCAUACUUUUAUUGGAUGACCAGAGAGCAAGGCUCCUUCGACUGGUUCAGAGGAGUCAUGCGAGAAGUCGAAGAGAUUGAUCACAAGGGGUCCAUUGAGAUGCACAACUAUUUGACCAGUGUGUACGAGGAAGGUGAUGCUCGGUCGACGUUGGUCAUAAUGUUACAAGCCUUGCAUCACGCGAAAAAUGGGGUCGAUCUAGUUUCAGGCACUCGGGCUCGUACACAUUUUGCAAGACCGAACUGGAAGAGUGUUUUCUCAAAGCUGGCAGCUACACACCAGGAAAAGCGCAUCGGAGUGUUUUAUUGCGGUCCUGUAACUCUUGCGAACGAGCUUGAGAACCUUUCAAGAACAUACACACAGAAGUCUUCCACAAAAUUCUCCUUUCACAAGGAGAAUUUUUGAGAGUUCAUGACGAUCGAGUUUGUAGAUAUGUUCAAUACUCAAAGCGAUUGACUUGUAAUCUAUAUAUACACGUCGGAAAUUGGUGGCGCCAAGUUAAACCUUCGACCGAUUGUUCUCAAAGUGCUUUCAAACGGUGACUUUCAAUCCCAUUUUUUUUGGAUGUUGAGAUAGAACUAUAUUGAAUUAGGAUUCAUAUAAGACUAGUCAUACCGUGGCUUAUUUGUAGCAAUAGCAGAGUCAGAGGGGCGUCAUAGUACCAUAGUUUAAGCCAAGGCCAAGCAGCCAGGUCAAUUAUGCUACUAAAACAUGUUAUGAACCUUUGCAACCCUUCUUGGGUUCCCCUGCUAGGACCAGUCCAUCACGUGCUGGUCACCUCUCCUCUAAAUGAAUCGUCCUCAUUAAAGUCAUAAAAUGAGCUGGACCUGAUCAAGGUUGGCCAGGCCGGCUCCUCCAUUGCACAGGAACGUCAACACACAAUUCACUCAGAACUGAAUAUCCAGUAUUAUGUAUCAGUCCAUCCUUCUAAAUUUAAUAAUACAGCGUUGGAGGGUCAAAUUCUACCUAUCCUCCGCAUCGUUUCCCGCA